AUGAACGAGAACGACUUAUCAGCUGUGUGUGAUAAUAAAUGUCGUUUUAUUCAUUGCUAUGCUGGAAAUGUUGGUUCAGUACACGACCAACAGGUUUUCAGGUUAUCCGAACUGAAAAAUUACCUUGAUGAUGCAACUAUAUAUUUUCCUAUUAACACUCAUUUGAUUGGUGAUGCCGCUUAUACAUUACAUGAACAUUUACUAGUACCAUACCAUGACAAUGGGCACUUAACUCAAAAGAAGUUCAACUUUUAUCAUUCCUCUGCCAGUAUGGCAGUUGAACGUUCUUUUGGUUUCCUUAAAGGACAGUUUCGAAGUCCUUAG